GGACACUAAGAAAGCAAGCAAGCAUUUGUGUACUUCAAAAUUAAUUCCUAUGGCUUCAAAAGAUCUCACACAUUUCAAAGAAGAGCAAUAUUCACAAGAUGAGCAAGAAGCAAUUAGUGAAGAAGAAAAUAAAUGUAAGCAACUAAUCCUCUCACUUCCUAAAGAGAUUGGAUCCGGAAAUGAAUGUUUGUAUUUUUAUCAAAGUUUUUGGAUUCCAAAAUCUAUAAUUCCAACUACAAUCUCUUUUCAAAAUCAUUUUCAAGCUAAAGAUAGUGAUGUUGUUGUUGCUUCAAUGCCAAAAUCAGGAACCACUUGGUUGAAAGCACUUGCCUUUGCAAUUGUUAAUCGUCAAAAAUUCUCUUUAGAGAAUCAUCCAUUACUUACAUUAAAUUCCCAUGAACUAGUGCCUCACUUUGAAGUUAAUGUUUAUGUUGAUACCAUGUUUCAACUUCCUAACACUAAUAGAUCAAAUAUGAUUGAACCAAGAAUUUUUGCAACUCAUGUUCCUUACCCUUCAUUGGCUAAGUCGGUUAAGGAUUCCAAUUGUAGGAUAAUUUAUAUUUGUAGAAACCCAUUUGACACUUAUGUGUCUUAUUGGAAUUUCAUGAAAAAACUUAUUCCAAAUGAUCAAGAUUUACCUACAUUAACCAUAGAGGAAGAUUUUGAAAAGUAUUGUAAGGGGAUAUGUUAUUAUGGUCCAUUUUGGGACAAUAUUUUAGGUUAUUUGAAAGAGAGCAUUGCUAGACCAAACAAGGUUUUAUUUUUGAAAUAUGAAGAACUUAAAGAAAAUGCAAAUUUUCAUGUCAAAAGAAUUGGAGAGUUCUUGGGUUGUCCUUUCACUCAAGAGGAAGAAAGUAAUGGCAUGAUUGAAAACAUUGUCAAAUUAUGUAGCUUUGAAAAGAUGAAAGAAUUGGAGACAAAUAAAUUUGGAACUUUUUAUUUUUUGGAAAAAAAUAAAUGUGGAACUAUUGAACAAAGAGUUGAAAAAAAACAUUUGUUUAGAAAGGCUGAAAUUGGUGAUUGGGUUAAUUCUUUUUCUCCUUCAAUGGUAGAAAAAUUAUCCAAAGUCAUGGAAGAAAAGUUAAGUGGUGUUGAUCUAUCAUUCAAAGUAUACCCUUAACUACUAGAAAGUGAUCAAGUUAAUUAUUAGUUUAUGAUUUGAAAAAAAUAAUAAGUUUCAAAUGUGGGACACCAAUGUAGUUGUUUCUCUCUCUUUCUAUGCUUUUUAUAAGAAUAAAAAGGAGUUACAUGUCUAGUGGACUAUAUGGCUAUUUCAAUUAUUGUCAAGUUAUUGUAUGGGAAUUCUAUGUCAUGGGAAGUGUAUGGUAGUAUUUGUAAAAGUUUAAUUAAUGUUAUCUUAUGAAUAAAUGAUUUAAAAUCUAUGUAAUAUAUAUAGGGGAAUUGUGUAUGUUUUGAAAAGGUGGUAGUAGAUAUGGUUGCAAUUAUGGUCAUUGUAAUUGUGGUUAAUAUAAUUUGUAUUGUGAUUAUUGUGACGUGAAUUUAUAUUUUAUUAGUAUUAGA